GCAGCGUUGCCCGCCAACUCGAGGAUCUCAGCGCUCAAGUACUCGAGCACAGCAGCCAAGUACACUGGUGCACCAGCGCCAACACGCUCAGCGUAAUUUCCUUUGCGGAGAAGACGGUGGAUUCGACCAACUGGGAAUUGAAGCCCUGCUCGGGAUGAGCGGCUUUUAGACUUGGUGCCCUUAGCUUUACCUUUUCCGCGACCAGACAUGUUUGAAUAUUUCGUAAAGUUCACUCGAUGCGAGAAUGUAAGAGAAUGAAUGAACUUCAAUAUUUAUGGUUAGUUAUUUAUGCACGAAGGAUCGAAAAGCGCCAAUCACAUCUUUGUUGACCGAUUGAAUUUCAAUAACCGUUGUCUCUGGUUUGUUUACAAAAGAAAUGAAAUACAAAGAAGUUUGACCUCUGCGGUCAUUUUGGGUUGAUACCCAAUCAGCAAUCGAGGAUUUCGAUCCGUAUGAUAAUUGAUCCUUCCGUCUAUUCACUAUAAAUUGAAGAAGCAUCAAGUUGCCCGGUAUUGAAGUUACAACUGUUCUUCAGAUAUUAUGGCUCCCAAAGUUGCAGGAAAGAAAGGCGAGAAGAAAGCCGGAAAGGCAAAGGCAAUUGCUGCUGACGGAAAGAAGAAGAGGAGAGGAAAGAGAAGGGAAAGCUAUGCUAUCUACAUCUACAAAGUGUUGAAGCAAGUUCACCCUGACACUGGUAUCUCCAGCAAAGCCAUGGGUAUCAUGAACUCGUUCGUCAACGACAUUUUCGAGCGCAUCGCUACCGAAGCUUCCCGCCUAGCCCACUACAACAAGAAAUCGACCAUCAGCUCUCGUGAGAUCCAGACAGCCAUCAGGUUGCUUCUGCCAGGCGAACUGGCGAAACACGCCGUCAGUGAAGGAACAAAGGCUGUGACCAAGUACACUAGCAGCAAGUAAACUCACUUCGUGGGUUUCCCGCCAAAACAAACGGCUCCUUUAGGAGCCACCAAAUGUUAUGAAAGUCUGACCAACGAACGAACGCACCAUCCGUAUCUAAAUAAGCAUUUUCCUUUUCGCCAUUAAAAGUUAUAAAAGUCGUAAAACAACAAUACAUUUUAUCAUUCCUUCUCUAUUUCCCAUUUUUGCAUUCUUGUAUCACUGUUUCGGUGUGAAGACUAAUCUUUUAAAUG